AUGGCUCCCCUGGGGCAAAGCCUCGCAUUAAUCAUUACUUUGCAUGCUACGCUGCUUCUGGCUCAACUUCAAUGCCCUCCUCUUGGGCCCAUCUUGCCACCGCCAACAAACCUGACGCAGAAUUCGCAGCUCCAACAAGUCAUAGCAGCAAUCGACGCUCAGUUGCAAAAUUUCAGCUCUUCGCUUAAUGCAACAGCCCUUUCGGUCGGUGUGAGGUCCAUCCACGAGACAGAGCCUCUAUUGAGUUUCCACUACACUCCUUCGGUCUUCAACAAGAGUGGCACCCACAAGGUCGACGGCGACACUAUCUAUUCCAUCGGGAGCACUACCAAGCUCUUCACGGCUCUCUCGAUCCUCCAGCUUCAGGGGAAAGUCAAUCCAGCCGAUCCGAUCACCAAAUAUAUCCCGAAGCUCGCACAAAUGUCAAAAACUCAUGACCCUUUAUUGGCCGUAGACUGGGAGACUGUCACUGUGGAUGCUCUUGCAAGCCAUCUGGGUGGAAUUGGCGCAGAUCUCACCAAUAACGUUAUCCCAUAUAUUCCUAGCAUUACUGCAGAGACGGGCCUGCCGCCAUUGACUCAGUCCCAAGACUCACUUUCUUGCGGCGGAGCUCCAGGUACUCCUGGGUGCAGCUGGGACGAUUUCUUCGACAACUUUGGUCGACGACCUCCUGUUUACGCCCCCUUCACGACGCCAGUCUACUCGAACAUCGGAUACGCGCUGCUUGGUCGAGUGAUUGAAAAUGUCACGGGCAAGACUUAUGCGGCAUAUCUUCAAGAUGCUGUCUUCACACCGGCCAAGAUGAGCCACACGUUCGUCGGCCCCCCCUCUAAUAGCUCCAUGGGCUUCAUUCCCGCUGAAUCAAACUGGUGGGGCACGUCUCUUGGAUACGAAAAUAGCUCGGGCGGCAUCUACUCGACCAACAACGACCUCUUGUCCUUUGGCGCCGCGAUCCUGUCGUCGAAGCUGCUUCUUUCGCCCGUCCAGACCCGCGCGUGGAUGAAGCCCAAAACAUUCACAUCCUCCGCUGGCGUGUCCGUCGGUGCGCCGUGGGAAAUCGCCCGGGGCGCGAACCUCACGUCGGACGCGCGCAUCAUAGACUUCUACACCAAGACCGGCAACCUGGGCGACUACACGGCCAUCCUGGUGCUGGUCCCGGACUACGACCUGGUCGUGGCCGUCAACCUCGCAGGGCCGGACAGCUCGAUCGCGACGAUCCAGGCCGUCUUUUCGACCCUGGUCCAGUCGCUCCUGCCGGGCGUCGACCAGGUCGCCAAGGACGAGGCGUCGCGCAAGUACGCAGGCACUUACACCUCCUCAUCCUCGCCCUCGUCCUCGUCCAGGGCUUCAAACUCGAGCAUCACGCUCUCGGCGGACGAGUACGGGCUCGUCGUGUCCGCAUUCUCAGCCAACGGCGUCAACGUGCUCGGCGCCAGCGGUGCAAGCGCAAGCGCAAACACCACGGUCCGCCUCUACCCUUCCAACCUCGCGGCGGGAAACCAGAGCGCGUGGCGCGCCGUGUACCAGACUCUCUCCACCGCGGAAUUGGACGCCUUCGACGCGCAGCUCUUCUUCCCCCAGGGCAGUUGCCAGUCGUGGACGGGGGUGGACCUGCUGACCUACGGCUUCGAGGCGCUGGAUUACUUCGUCUUCACCGCGGACCAGAAUGGAGUGGUUGUCCAGGUUGAGCCCAAGGCGUGGAGGGUCGUCAUGAACAGGACGGAUUGA